GAAUUUGGCUCAUCGUCGGGUGGCGAUACUGGGACAUUGUCUUCUGAAGGCACGGCUGAUUCUGAUGAAGUCGCUGCUGGUUGUCGAAAGCUGAGGGCUCGACAUAACUGCUCCAGCUGGCUGAGUUUUUUCUGCUGAACCACCGCGUUCUCCUCCAGUUCCUUUUUUGCCAUUGUCAGCACCAAAACUUUUUUUGAUGCUUCUUCGUACUUCUGUUUCCAUUUGAAUGCAUCAGUUUCAACUUUUUUGAAAUUCGAGUUCACCUUAAAGAGAUUUUUUGAAUUGUUUGAAGAUGUCUAA